CGCUGACGUGCGCUUCUAUCGCUCAAAGGGGAAGGAAGGAAAAAAAGGUCCGAAAGAAAAGAAACAGAAAACCGUCAGGUUGUCAAAAAUUUUGUCUAAUUUUGGUGGACUCGCUGGCUGCUGUUCGGUUCGUCGGUCGUCGCCGCAUCACACACAAUUUCGAUCUCACAAAACGCAGCAGCAGCAGCAGCGGUUCGCGCGGGUCGUCGUCAGCAAACUUUGGUUGGAAAUUGCUAGAAAAAAAAGAAACCUUUCGUCGGAACAGUUCCGGAAGAUCUCGUCGCGGCGGUUAGUUAGUUAGUUUCGGGUUCCGGCAGUGAAUUCCACCCCCUAAGUUGGUCACGGGAAAGAAAAAUCCUCCGAAAAAGAUUCUACAAUGAAUGUGCUGAGCAGUGCAAAGUCGGCGAUAUUCAGCUAUUUGAUGGUGGUCUACCUGUUCUACAAUCCCACGGACAGCGGAGCGGUGCAGCUCAACAGUGAGAACCUGGAUAUGACGUUAGCUUCUAAUGAACUAGUAUUUAUCAAUUUCUACGCGGAAUGGUGCCGGUUCAGCAACAUUUUGCAGCCCAUCUUUGACGAGGCGGCCGACAAGCUGCAGCACAACCACGUCACCGGGGUUCAAAACAACGAUCGACAUGCGCCACAGCCCGGCCGGCACCACGGGCGGUAUGAAUGACGCGUCCGGAACCAUGUCCCUGAACAAGUACUCGCCUUUCGGAAACGGACAAAACUCCUUCGUGCCCUUCGCGACCUUCGGCAAGGUGGUACUUUCGCCCCAGAUGAACUGAUAAUCGACGUACUCCUCAACCAGCAGCCU